AUGCCAUUAAAUCCAUUUACUCCAAGAACAGGACAUUGUUCAACAAAAGUAGAUAAUAAUAACAUAUAUAUAUUUGGAGGAUAGAACUUUUAAUAGAAUAAACAUUAUGAUGAUUUUUUACAUUUUGAUUUAGGUUUUUAUUUUAUUUUUCUAUAAAAUAAUUUUUUAAUUUAAAAAAAAGAAAAGGAAAAUUCAAAUAUUCGAAAAAUAAAUAAAUAAUAAAAAACAUUAAAUAUAAAUUAACCUACAGAAAGAAAUUCGAGUGCAAUGUGUUAUAAUUACAUUGAUAAUUAAAUAAUUUUGUUUGGUGGCGCUGACUCUUAAGAACCUUUAAAUGAUUUAUUUAUUUAUGAUUUAGGGCUUUAAUAAUGGAAAAAAGCUCAAAUUUCAAAUAUUAAUGAUCAUUUUAAAGGUUUAGAAAUGCAUAGUAUCCAUUUCUAUACAACUAACGGUGAUUUGAAAGCUAAAAAGAAAAAGAAAAAAAAAAACAAUAAUAUUGUUGGAUUAGAUAUUGGUGAUUUUACUAAAGAAACUAAUUCUCAAGGAUAACCUAUUCCACAUGAAAAUUUAAUGAAAAUUACUAAAGUAAAUAUUGAGUUUGAUGAUAAAAAUGCAGUUUUUGAAAAUUAAAUUGAAUCUGAUAAUAAAUAAGAAGAAAAUAAUGAAACAUAAUAAUUAUAAGAAUAAGAAGAAGAAGAAUAAAAAAUAGAAGAACAAAAAAAUGAAAAUUAAUAAAAAUAUCUAAUUAUUAUUGGAGGAAGAGAACAUGAGAAAAUUAAGAAUGAAAUUUAUGCACUUAAUUUAUAAAGCUUUCAUAUAAAAAAAUUUAAAGAAAUGCCUUUUGGACUAUGUGCUCAUACGUCAGUAAUAGUUAAUGAUUUAAUUUAUAUUUUCGGAGGUACUAAUGGUUUAGAAUUUUUCGACAAAUUUUUAAUAUUUUCACUUUCUAAUUAUAAAUUUUAUGAAUUCGAUAUUAGUGAUAGUGAAAAAAAAAAAAAAAUUAUUAAACCAAGAAUGGCAUCAAGUAUGUCAUAUGAUCCUGUUACUAAAAAUAUUUGUGUUUUUGGAGGAGCAGGAUUUGAUGAUGAAUGUUCUACUUUAAUUUGUUUUAAUGUUGAUGAAUAUAAUCUUACUAAAAGAGUUAUAAGAAUAUGA